CAGCUGUGCGCAUGCGCAGUAGAUGAAGCGCCGCUCAGGAAUAAAUAAGGGUAGGGAAACCGAACCGCAAUGGGACAACUCUUAUCUCGGUCCAUUUCAGCCUAAAACACCCCAAAAUGGCUUUUAUUCUCGACGAGGUGUCGUUAGCGAGGUUUUAGGGGGGCUUUGAAGAUCUGUUUGGCUACUAAAGGGACUGAGAAAGUUUAGAAGGAAACGAACUUCAGGGACGGUAACGUUCUAGAGACGGUCAUGGAGGAUUUCGGUUCGGCGUUGGAGAAGAACGUGGCGGAUCUGACCGUGAUGGACGUGUACGAUAUCGCCGCAGUGGUGGGUCAAGAGUUCGAGCGCAUUAUCGAUCAGUACGGAUGCGAGGCUCUGUCCCGCCUCAUGCCCAAGGUGGUCCGGGUGCUGGAGAUCCUGGAGGUUCUGGUGAGUCGGAACAGCAUCAGCCCAGAGACCGAGGAGCUGCGCCUGGAGCUGGACCGACUCAGACUGGACCGGAUGGACAGACUGGAGAAGGAAAAGAAACAUAAAAAGGAGCUGGAGUUGGUAGAGGAUGUGUGGAGAGGAGAAGCCCAGGAUCUGUUGUCCCAGAUCUCCCAGCUGCAGGAGGAAAACAAAACACUGCUCAACAACCUGUCCGUCAAAGAGUAUCCGAUGACAGAAGAGGACAUACAGAAACAGGAAGGCAUGACUGAGAGGGAGCGACAGGUGAUGAAAAAGCUGAAGGAAGUUGUAGAUAAACAGCGAGACGAGAUCCGCGCCAAAGACCGCGAGCUGACGCUCAAAAACGAGGACGUUGAAGCGCUCCAGCAACAGUUGAACCGGCUGAUGAAGAUCAACCAUGACCUGAGGCAUAAGAUCACGGUGGUGGAGGCCCAAGGUAAAUCCCUGAUCCAGCAGAAGGUGGAGCUGGAGGCGUCUGGUCAGGCAAGACAGCAGGAGCUCGGGAACCUGCGGCAGGAAGUGACCCGUCUUAAGGAGCGACUGAAAGAGCAAGGCAAGACCAGCGCUGAGACAGAGGAGCCUGUAGGACCACCCUCACCUGCAAAGGAGGCGCUGUGUGAUGAUGACAUGUCCACUCUAGAUCCAAAAGACCCGAACCGCCCGCGAUUCACCCUGCAAGAGCUGCGGGACGUCCUGCAUGAGCGCAAUGAGCUGAAAGCUAAAGUCUUCAUGUUGCAGGAGGAAAUCGCCUAUUACAGAAGUGAAGAACAGGAGGAGGAAACAGGGCCGCCGCUGCCAGAUCUCUCUCCUACCCUUCGGCCAAGCUCUCGCUCCAACUUUCAGCCCGAGUCGGGGAUAAAGCGACUGUUUAGCUUCUUUUCCCGGGACAAAACCCGAGGUUCGCAGAGGAGGAUGCCGCAGAUGGGAGACGGCUUGGGCUCGUGGGCAGUGAAAGAGGACGUGUACACAGAACAGGCCCAGGAGGCAUUACAACACAUGUAACCAACACACCGCUCCACUAACCGUUAACCUGCACCAUGUGACCGUACGCCACGUUUACGCUCCCUUUCAUGGUCAGACGAGACAAGAGCUCACAAAGGGAACACGGGGGCUGUUUCGAGUUACUGAUAGAUUGUGGCCCUUACCUUCAUCCAAAAAUACUGUUAGGGGGUUUUAUGUGCCUAUUUUGUUAGAUAGUUAGACAUUUUAUUGCUAUUGCAAAUGAUAAGUUACUGUAAGCGGGAGAAUAGAAGAUUUCAGAGAGUUUUCUGAUGAUGUUUAAAAAGAAGAUGCCUUAAGUAGAGAAGAUAUAUUUAUAAUUCAAAUUGAAUUAUGAACGAGACACAAUGACAAGUAACCAUGAAUAUGCAUGUGGCUGAAAAAAAAAAAUUGUUUUUUAGAUUUUCAGUAGCUAUACCCAAGCCUGAAAAAAGAUUAGCCUAUAUGGUGAAUCAUAUUUAAAACUUUUUUUUUGAAAUUGCACAGUAGCUUAAUUAGUAAAAUGUUGAGAAUUUAAAGGAAUAUAUGACGUUCAAAACUUAAUUUCUUCUGACAUCCUCCAUGGCAUGCUGUAGAUAUCAUGGAAAAUUACUUUGACUUGUCCUUCAGUUGGUAACAGAUGUUAUUUGGGGCAAAACUUAUUAGUUUUUUUUUUUCAGUAUUUUUGAAUAAUGUUUUGUGGGAAGAGGUCACGUUUUCCCAUUAAAAGUAUCUUCUGCUCUCCAAGGCACUAAAUCAGUAAUAUUUUUAAAUAUUAUUUCACAUUUUCAAUUUUUAAUAUAUUUAAAAAAUGUAAUUUAUUCCUGUGAU